UGCGAGUGAAAAAAAAUAAAAUAAAAACAAAAACAAAACAAAACAAGGAACCGAAUCACCACCAUUUGUCUGGCAUGGCAAGCCUGUGCAGAAAGCAGAGCACUCCGCUGGUCCCAGACUUCCCGAUGUCAUGCCUUCAAUCUCUCGCCGGCCAACCUCUCUCCCUCCAGAACCCAAACCCUCGCUGCCUCUUCCCAUCCCUCCUUCCUCUCAGAAGACAUUCUUCAAACGAUCCCACCACCCAAUCCUCACCACCCCGGGAAGAUGACCUCCCCGUCCUCAUCGCCGACGCCGUCCUCCGCCACUCCGGCGACGACGACCCCCAAACCCUCGCCCGAUCCCUCUCCCGCCUCUCCCCCAGUGCCUUCCCCCCCGCCCUCGUCGACCGCGUCAUGAAGCGCCUCUGGAACGACGCCCCCCGCGCUCUCCUCUUCUUCCACUCCCUCCUCCACCUCCCCUCCUCCCGCCCCGCGGCCUCCUCCUUCGACCUUGCCAUCGACCUCGCUGGCCGCCUCCGCGACCCCCGCGCCCUCCACGGCCUUCUCUCCCUCCGCCGACGCCAUGGCCUCCCCCCCACCCCCCGCACCUUCGCUAUCAUCGCCGAGCGCCACCUCGCCGCCGGCAAGCCUGACCGCGCCGUCCGCUCCUUCCUCUCCAUGCCCCGCCUCGGCUGCCCCCACGACCUCGCCGCCUUCAACUCCCUCCUCGACGCCCUCUGCAAGUCCCGCCGCGUCGAGAAGGCCUCCUCCCUCCUCCGAGCCCUGAAGAACCGAUUUCUACCCGACGCCAUCACCUACAACAUCAUCGCCGACGGUUGGUGCCGGCUCAAACGCACUCCAAAAGCUCUGGAAGUUCUCCGGGAGAUGGUCGAUUCUGGCCUCGAGCCGACGCUGAACACCUACAACAUCUUGCUCAAGGGCUUCUUCAGAGCAGGUCAGAUCAAGGAGGCGCUGGCAUUCUUCUCUCAGAUGAAGAAGAGAGGGAGGAAGGAGAAUUCGAAUUCGGGGGCCAAUUGCCGGCCGGAUGUGGUCUCCUACACCACCAUGGUCCAUGGACUGGGUCUCGCCGGUCGGCUCCACAAAGCCCGGAAGGUGUUCGACGAAAUGGUCGGCGAGGGCUGCCUCCCUUCGGUGGCGACCUACAAUGCGUUGAUUCAGGUCAUCUGCAAGAAGGGCUGCGUCAAGGAUGCCGUCUUGGUGUUUGAUGAGAUGGUGAGGAAGGGAUACACCCCCAAUGCCAUUACCUAUAAUUUGGUGAUCAGAGGGCUUUGCCACGCCGAGGAGAUGGACCAAGCCAUGGAAUUCUUGGAAAGGAUGAAGCGUGAGGAGUGCGAGCCCAAUGUGCAGACUUAUAAUAUAUUGAUAAGGUAUUGGUGCGAGGAGGGAGAGAUAGAGAAGGGUUUGGAGUUGUUUGGGAGGAUGGCGGAGCGAGGGGGUUGCUUGCCAAAUUUGGAUACAUACAACGUGUUAAUAAGUGCGAUGUUUUCGAGGAAGAGGCCGGAGGACAUGGUGGUGGCCGGGAAGAUGGUGAUGGAGAUGGUGGAGAGGGGACAUCUCCCAAGGAGGUUCAUGUUCAAUCGUGUUCUGAAUGGCUUGUUAUUGACCGGGAACCAAGGAUUUGCCAGAGAGCUCUUGAGGAUGCAGGACCGGCAUAAACGUCUAGCUCGGGUUAUCAGGCCAUGAUUUUGUUUUAUUUUUCGGCAUUGGAAGGCUGGUUUUGAUUAAAGGGUGAAAUUCGAAUGCCGUUCGAGCAUGCGAAGAGUUGAAGAUCCAAGGAAGCUUAAGCUAAGAGUGAUGCUCAAAUCUGGGUCAAAAAAGAUCUAGAAAGAGAAGGGGAAUGCUUAGGUUGACUUGGAUGGACAUUGUGAAGGAUUUAGAAAACCCUGGAGUAAUUUGCGAGCUGGUCCCUUAUUAGCAUGGACCGAAGCCAAACAGAUGGAAGAGGGCUUGAUGAUCAAGUUCAAGAUAAGUGGAUGCCUUUGAGAACAAUUUGUGGAUGUCAAGACCAGCACAUGGCUGGGGUUCAUGACCAUUGUUGCAGAAUUUUGAAAGUUGUUAAAGCUGCGGUGUUUGCCAUCGUAUCUUGCAUAUCAUUUGAUCAAAGACAGCCGAAAAAAAUUAAGCAUCAAGUCAUUAACAAAAGAAGUGCAGGUUCUGGUUUGAGCUGGGAGUGAAAGUGAGGGUGGAGGGCUAGCAAGAAGAGUUGGUAGUCUUUGCCAAUCAUUUUUCUCAUAGUGUAGAAGUUCAUCCGUCCUUUUCAUUUUGCUUCCUCUAAACCUUCCUCCAAUUUGAAUAUGGGUGGACCUCCUCAUUAUGUAUGCUACAUUGGACUACCACUUGCAAUCUAACUUGAUUUAUUGGCUGCA